CCCACCCCUCCCCCUCUCUUCGAACCUCUGUUUUAUUUCUGCUCCAAAUUCUAGGGUUAGGGUUUUAGAGUUCUAGGGCUCUCUCUCUUUCUCAGCGAUGAAGAUGGAGGAGAUCACGGACGCAGUAGGGAGCCUCAGCAUCGGGGAUUCUCACAAGAAGAACAGGAUCCCAGCGAUGAAGAUGGAGGAGACCACGGACGCAGUAGGGAGCCUCAGCGUCGGGGAUUCUCACAAGAAGAACAGGAUCCAGGUCUCCAACACCAAGAAACCCCUCUUCUUCUACGUCAAUCUCGCCAAGAGGUAUAUGCAGCAGCACAACGAGGUCGAGCUUUCUGCUCUUGGGAUGGCCAUCUCGACAGUCGUCACAAUUGCCGAGAUUCUCAAGAACAAUGGACUUUCUGUUGAAAAGAAAAUCACCACUUCUACAGUUGAUAUGAAGGACGAAUCCAGAGCGCGACCCAUCCAGAAAGCUAAGAUAGAGAUUUUGCUAGCCAAAUCAGACAAGUUUGAUGAGCUAAUGGCUGCUGCGGCGGAGGAACGAGAAGCAGCAAAUGGCGAGGAGGUGUGAACUUAGAAAAAAAAAAGGCGGUAAGCUUUUCUUUUAGCAAAAUGGCUGAUUGAGAAGUAAGGCCUCGUGUUCACUGUAGAAGUAACUAACACCCCCCCUACUUUGUUUUAUGUUUAGAGACCACCUACCUAAUAGAGAGGUAUUCGCUUUGUAGACUGAUUUAUAUGUUUCAUAUCUUUAAUAUUUCCUGAUCUUCUCCAAUUCUUUUGUUUCCUGGUCCAAAGUGCUAUCAUUAUUUUUGUUAACGAAUAAUGCUGGUACUUGAUGUA